AUGGUCACGACCUCUAACUUGAGGCAAUUGCUUGUUUUGAGCAUAGUAGUACUUGCUCUCUUCACCAAUCAUGCAUCUUUUCACGCAGCUGCAGGCAGUGGCAGCGCCACCAGAGAAGGCCAAGAUGUUGAAACCGUGGGUGGUGCUGCUGCGGUUUCAGAAAUGGGAGUGGAUGAAGGCAAGAAUGUAAAUCUUGCUCUUUGCUUUAAGAAGCGUUGCGUUAAUAAAGAUUGUUGGUGUUGUUUUACUACCAGAAAAGAUCCAACACCUCUUUGCUUGUUCGAUCAAGACACUUGCCAACAAUUCUGCCGUGGGGUGCAGUCUUCCGGGGUCCUCCCAUGA